GGUGAAGAGUCUGUUGACCAGCAGAGUGGACAUGUUACUGCCCUUGAAGGAGGACUGGUAACACUCAGCUGUAACUACACUAGCAGUAGUCCAUCUCCUGAUCUCUUCUGGUACAUCCAGUUAACUAGGGACUCUCCUCAGUAUGUCCUGAGAAGAGAUCGUUAUUCAGAAGGGAGCAAUAGUGAUGAGUUCAAGAAGAGGUUUGAUUCCAGGCUGAAUUUCACAUCUAGCUCUGUCCCCUUGAUGAUCCAGAGGUUACAGCUGUGUGACUCUGCUUUGUACUACUGUGCUCUGAAGCCCACUGUGACAACAGGAGAUUCAGUCACUGUACAACAACUCAUGGUAGAGUGUUGUUAAGACAAUGUCACAAGCUUCUCAAUGUGACAUUGUCAAUGAUGAUACACUGAAAGAGGAGAAGACAAUGAUUUCAUAGUCUUAUGGCACAUGUAGCAUACAUCAGUGUGUUUUACUCUUCUCCCACCCAUCUCACUGUAGGCAUGGAACCCUAGCUGAGGAAUUUACUGAUUCUUGCUGCAUGUUGUUAUGUAUGAUAAUAUUAUUUUCCUAAUUCGUUUACUGCCUUUGCUCCAAUCCCUUUUUUUCCAGACAUAUUUCUCAAUAUAACAUUACCAGUAUUCGUUUCAAAUGUUUUUAUAUAUUCUAUCAUGUGCGGUCCCUUGUGGCUCAGUUAUAGAGCACGGUGCUUGUAAACCAGGGUUGUGGGUUAGAUUCCCACGGGGGACCAGUAUGAAAAAGUAAAAAAAUGUAUGCACUCACUACUGUAAGUUGCUCUGGAUAAGUCUUCUAAAUAAAUUAAUUAAAACAUGUAAAUCAUGUUGCUUUAUUAUUAUCUUCUUUAAUACAAAUGUGUCCUUUUCAGAAUGCAGAGGAGAAGACACAGUCGCUCAGCCACCAGGAGAUGUGACCGCUACUGAGGGAGAACAAGUCACACAGGGCUGUCAAUUUGAUGCAGUUAAUACUAAUAAUCUGUACCUGUUCUGGUACAAGCAUGAAGUAAAUAGCUUCCCCAAAGUUCAUGCAGUGAUGUACAAAUGCCACUGAGUUCAAGGAGUGAUUUGAUGCCAAUCUCGAUACAGACUCCAAAUCAGUCUCGUUGACGAUCCAGAGGGUGCAGCUGUCUAAAUCUGCAGUGUACUACUGUGCUCUGAGGCCCACUGUGACAACAGGAUAUACAGCCCCCUCACAAAAUCAUACUGAGCUACACAACAACAAUACACCUGUCUGGACAGUUUACAAUACCACUUUGAAAUUGACACAGUAACCUUCUCACUACCUCCCUGAUACUACCAAGACUAGUGGUAGCAGAUGAUGAUAAUCACAUUGAUGAUGAUGAUGAUGAUGAUGAUGAUUAUGCAGUAAGUCAUUGUUGAUGCCAAUAGAGCUCCCUCUUCCAAUUCAGCUCUAAUUGUAGAUGUAGGAUACAUUAACAUGCCAUUGCAAUAUAUAAUGGAUUAGAACAUAUACAGCUAGUAGUGUCUAACUAGAUUAACUCAGGAGGAAAACGUUAUACUCAGUAUUGUGAACUCAUUAAUGUAAAAGCCAGCAUCAACCACAAGUGGGCCACAUAAUUAAACAUCAAACCACAAUUUGAUAUCGUAAUGGCAGAGGUUUAGAACAGAGAAGUGUGGUCACACCUGUGCUGUGUGCAAUCACCAGGUGGUGUAGUGUGUCUCUGUCUUCAUAUUCAAUGAACUGUGAGAAAUAUGUCUUUGUCACUCUUCUAGUCUUCAAUUUCAGUUAGACAGGUAUUUUAAUAUUGGUUGGAAAAGCACUUGGGAAUAUGACAAAGUGCAACAAUAUUAUUGUUUGUAGUUACUCCUCCUCACAAUUCACUUUAGAAUUCAAACUGACUUACUAGUCAUGAGAAAUUAGCAGAUCCUGCAUGUUGUGGCUGCAUGUUGCUUUGGUAUAACAUCACUCUGUUCAUCUGUCUCUUUCUGUGCAUUUGUUCAUUUUAUUUAGAGACAUUAUUAUUAAAUGUUGUGAAGACAUAUUCAUCUUUCUUUUCAGGUUGCUGAGCAGAAGAGAGUGUCCCACAGCCAACAGAAUGUG